AUGCUCAGCGGCCACACCCCGGGCAACCGCCUCGACCGGCGGGCUAAACCAGGUGAGGGCGCUGUGCGCUUGUGCCGCGUGCACAGUGUACUGCGGACUCCGCUGGACGUUUGGUCGGAUGAAACGUUGCGCCGGCGUCGUCGAAACGAGGCUCUGCCUGGUACGCCGUUGGACAGCUGCUGCCGGGAUGGGUCCCCGCAUCGCCUUCGCUGAGACGCGCCCACCUACGCCGACGGAGACCACAGACCUCGGCAUAUGCGGCCGUUCUCCACUACAAACAUAAAGUCGUGGUCCUAUAGUGGGAUUCGGUCGCGCCAAACAGGCACACAGGCAGCCCGAUUCGGGGGGCACUGCCUGUCCCCAUUACGGGGGAGGGCCUAGAAAAGGUGGCCUAAACACUGCUGGGCACCACGCCGUCUCCAGGCUAGCCAGGGCCGCAGACGUCUAAACAUGGUCGAAACACUCAAAACCGAAACAACAACAAUACCAAUAACAACAACAACCAUACUCCUUCGCCUCAUCCUAACUCUUCUACCUCUAUCUCCGUCUAUUCUUCUGCCUAUUCUCCUCCUUCGUCAUCUUCUUCUCCACCUCCUUCCCGUCGCCCCACUCGUUUUCCCCAGACUGACAGGGUGAGCCCGCUCACUCUGGCAGCCUGGAACGUUCGUUCCCUUUUAGACAAUCCAAGGAGCAACCGACCGGAACGGAGGACGGCGCUAGUGGCACGAGAACUGGCGCGCUACAAGGUGGACAUCGCCGCACUCAGCGAGACCCGAUUCUCCGAACAAGGCCAACUGGAGGAGGUGGGUGCCGGCUACACCUUCUUCUGGAGUGGUCGACCCAAGGCAGAGCGACGAGACGCGGGUGUCGCCUUCGCCAUCCGGAACGACAUCGUGGGACGACUACCCUGUUUGCCGCAGGGUAUCAACGAUCGCCUGAUGAGCCUCCGUCUGCCUCUGCGGGGUGGGGGCAAAUUCACCACAAUCAUCAGCGCAUACGCUCCGCCGAUGAGCAGCCCCGACGCCGCCGCAAGAGACAUGUUCUACGAGGGCCUGCACUCCCUCUUGGCGACUAUGUCGAAGGCGGACAAUUUGAUUGUCCUUGGCGACUUCAACGCCCGCGUCGGCAUAGACCAUACAGCCUGGAGUGGAGUGCUGGGUCCUCACGGUCUCCGCGGCCCCAACGACAACGGCGUGCUGCUCCUCCGCACCUGCACAGAACACCGCCUCAUCCUGACGAACACGUUCUUCUGUCUGCCGGAGCGAGAAAAGGCCACCUGGAGGCAUCCUCGGCCGCGUCAGGGGCACCUGCUGGACUAUGUCCUCGUCCGGAGGCGAGAUCAGCGGGACGUGCUGGUGACGGAGGCGAUCGCGGGUGCUUGACGGGUGGACCGACCACCGCCUCGUCAUCUCGAAGUUGCGUAUUCGCCUACAGCCUCGCAGAAGACCACAAGGUAAGCGACCCCCAGGUAAGCUGAAUGUUGCUUUGUUGUCUUUGCCUGCUCACCGUCUCCAUUUCAGCAAUGAGCUAGCUCAACGGCUAGACAACCUUCCUAUCGCUGCCGCCGCCGACGACGCUGCCGCCGCCGCUGCCGAGAACGCCUCCGUGGAGAACCGCUGGUGUCUACUGCGGGACAUAGUCCAGUCGACGGUGGUCGCCGUCCUCGGUCGCGCUCCCCGCCAACACCAGGACUGGUUCGACGACAACGACGCUGCCAUCAGCAAUUUGCUUGCCGAGAAGAAUCGCCUACACAAAGCCUACGCAGAUCACCCCACUAAGGACAACAAAGCUGCCUUCUACCGCAGUCGCCGACAGCUUCAGCAACCACUGCGCGAGAUGCAGGACGCCUGGACUGCUCGCAAAGCUGAGGAGAUCCAAGGGUACGCGGACCGCAACGAAUGGAAGAACUUCUUCUCCGCGAUCAAAGCUGUCUACGGUCCGCCGACGAAGGGCACUGCUCCUCUCCUCAGCGCCGACGGCAGCACUCUCCUGACCGAGAAGACGCAAAUCCUGCAGCGAUGGGCCGAGCACUUUCGAGGCGUCCUCAACCGCCCUUCCGUCAUCUCCGACGCCUCCAUCGCCCGCUUGCCGCAAGUAGAGACAAACGUGGACCUCGACCUCCCGCCAUCUCUCCAGGAAACGAUCAGGGCCGUGCAGCAGCUCUCCAGCGGGAAAGCACCUUGA